GGGCUUGCUCUUUACAAAUAAGUACCUGAGCCUGCACUUCAACAAGACAAAUAAUAAAGUUAUCUUUUGGUUAUUCCAAAUACCAUUCUAAACUCUCGUGUAAUUCAUAUUCACCCCGUAGAAAGUUUUAAUACUCUUAGUUUAUUACUCUCUUGAACAACAGCUUCACCUAGUUAAGUUUACAAAACUUAGGUACUUAACUCAAGACACAAUGUCUUCCAGCGGCGACGAGCAUCAACAGCAAGAGCCCCCGAGGCAGCAGACGGCGACCCAAGAGACCGACCACUCGGAUAACUCAGACCAGAUGUCCGAGACGUCGCGACCACCGCGCACUCGCCGUCGCAAUCGACGUCGCCCCGGAUCGGUCCAACCCUUCCAGCAGCAAGACGACCAGCAGAUGCUUCAACAGAGGCAGCAGCAACAAAUGAUGCAACAACAGCAACAACAGCAGAUGAUGCAGCAGCAACAGGGUGGUGGCAGUGAUAAGAAGUCAGACACCCUCCGGCUCCGUCUCGAUCUCAACCUCGAGGUCGAAGUUACUCUCAAGGCUCGUAUCCACGGCGACCUGACCUUGGCGUUGCUUGACACUUAAGAAUAUCCGAACCCCCUAUGGCGUAGUGCUUUAGCGCCUGGACGUGCGAUCUUCCGACGAAGACAUGCAAGUGGGUUCGAGCCCUACUGGGGUCAAACCAACGGUCCGACUUUAGGUUUUUUUCCCUAGGCUCCACCGGGCGCGUGCGAGGGUGAUUCUGACUCGUAUAAGAAGGGGUUCGGCGGUUUUUCUCCUGGCUAAAAAAGUCGGCUAUCUAGGGCCCAGCGAUCUUUCGGGACUAGAUAGAGCUAAUGUUAUAGGCAGAUGGGGACGGAAUGCAAAGGCAGGAAGUGGAGGAUCUCUUUUAUGUUAAGCGGAACUCUAGCUACAUCUCCUUUGAAGGAGGUACUGUAGACGUCUUAACACCGUUAUUGAUUCGGUUCUAGGGUGAAACUUGUGUGGAUUAUACCUAUAGUGUACACAGCCCGAUAGACGUAAAGGAUAUCAUCAUCACCAUCAUUAAGAAUGCCUACCCGAAACAAUACGAUACGAAUAUUAUGACACUUAAUGAAGGAAUCCCACACGAUUAUGAUAUGUCUCUAUCAAAAAUGAAACGAG